UCAGACAGGGGUGACUGCUCCUUAGACGGCAGGGGCGUGUCUGUGUGCGGGGUCGGAGACGGAUCACUGGGCGUGGUUCCAGAGGAGAGGAAGAAACGUGGCCGAGCAGAACUGAGACAGCUGUGGAGGAAGGCCAUCCUGCAACAGACACUACUGCUGAGGAUGGAGAGAGAGAACAACAAGAUACAGGCGUCAGAGAGUAAGCGCCAGCGUCUGGACUAUGAGGAGAUCACUCCAUGUCUGAAGGACGUCACGCUGGUCUGGGAGAGCAUGCUGGGAACACAGGCCAGGUCAAAGGUCAAGUUCAACACCGACACUGUCCAUUCUGCUGUCGAACAGGGAGUUCCUAGACAGUACAGAGGAGAGGUGUGGAAGUUCCUUUCAGAGCAGUUUGUAUUGAGGCAACCGGUUCCUGUCAGAUCUCCAUCUGACAACAGGCCUUAUAAAGAACUGCUGAAACAACUGACCUCCCAACAGCACGCUAUCCUCAUAGACCUGGGUCGUACCUUUCCGACCCAUCCUUAUUUCCAGGCUCAGUUGGGGUCUGGUCAGCUGUGUCUCUAUAACCUCCUGAAGGCCUACUCUCUACUGGACCCAGAGGUGGGAUACUGUCAGGGUCUCAGCUUCGUAGCAGGAGUAUUGUUGUUGCACAUGGGAGAGGAGGAGGCCUUCAACAUGCUCCAGUUCCUCAUGUAUCAUAUGGGGCUUCGCAAGCAGUACAGACCUGACAUGAUAAUACUACAGAUUCAGAUGUACCAGCUGUCCCGUCUCCUCCAUGACUACCACAGAGACCUCUACGUCCAUCUGGAACAGCAUGAGAUAGGACCGUCUCUCUACGCUGCUCCCUGGUUCCUCACGGCCUUCGCCUCGCACUUCCCCCUAGGCUUCGUAGCUAGGGUGUUUGACAUGUUGUUUCUCCAGGGGUCGGAGGUGAUCUUCAAGGUGUCGCUAAGUCUUCUGGGUAGUCACAAGCCCUUGAUCCUACAGCACGACAGUCUGGAGUCUAUAGUGGACUUCAUCAAGACUACAUUACCUAACCUGGGACUAGUCCAGAUGGAGAAGACCAUCAACCAGGUGUGUGAGAUGGACCUGUCCAAUCAGCUGCAGGCGUACGAGGUGGAGUACCACGUCUUACAGGACGAGCUGUGUGACACGCCCGCUCACCUCAACCAAUCGCAGCGCACCGCCCAGCUGGAACGCACCAAUCAGAGCCUCCGACAGCAAAACCUCGACCUGCUGGAGGAACUGCAGGUGUCUCAGGCUCGUGUGUGUCGUCUGGAAGGCCAGGUGGAGGGGCUGGCCCAAUCAGAGGCUCUGCUGAGAGAACGAGUGUUCGACCUGGAGGAGGAGAGGAACGGACUGCGGAGCGCCGUCACACACCAACACACACUCCUCACCGCGCUGGGAAUACACACACACACAACGCACGGGGACUUCAGCCUGGACCCUCACACACACUCCGCUGCCGACACAGAUGGCCCGAGAGAUGGCCCGAGAGAUGGCCAGAGAGAUGGCCCGAGAGAUGGCCAGAGAGAUGGCCAGAGAGAUGGCCAGAGAGAUGGCCCGAGAGAUGGCCCGAGAGAUGGCCCGAGAGAUGGCCAGAGAGAUGGCCCGAGAGAUGGCACGAGAGAUGGCCAGAGAGAUGGCCCGAGAGAUGGCCCGAGAGAUGGACAGAGAGAUGGCCCGAGAGAUGGCCCGAGAGAUGGCCAGAGAGAUGGACAGGGUGUGGACGCCCCCACCAGAGAGGGGCCCAGACUGGGGCAAGGGACAGCGAUGUCCUCCCCUCUCCUCCCUCAUCCACUGGCUCUACCAGAACACUGAAUCCCAGAGGACUGUUCUCCUGUACUAAAGGGGGGGGGGGGUUCUCUGUCCUCUCUGGGCCACACAACAGUCCUAUACACACAGUUACCAUUGCAGCCAGAUGUGUGUGUCUCUCUGCCUGUGUGUCUCUCUGCCUGCGUGUCUGUCUCUCUGUCUGCAUGUCUGUCUCUCUGCCUGUGUGUCUGUCUCUCUGCCUGUGUGUCUGUCUCUCUGCCUGUGUGUGUGUCUCUCUGCCUGUCUGUGUGUCUCUCUGCCUGUCUGUGUGUCUCUCUGCCUGCCUGUCUGUGUGUUUCUCUGUCUGCCUGUGUGUCUCUCUGCCUGUCUGUCUGUGUGUUUCUAUGUCUGCCUGUCUGUCUCUCUGCCUGUCUGUGUGUCUCUCUGCCUGUCUGUGUGUCUCUCUGCCUGUGUGUCUGUCUCUCUGCCUGUGUGUCUGUCUCUCUGCCUGUGUGUCUGUCUCUCUGCCUGUGUGUCUGUCUCUCUGCCUGUGUGUCUCUCUGCCUGUGUGUCUCUCUGCCUGUGUCUCUCUGCCUGUCUGUCUCUCUGCCUGCGUGUCUCUCUGCCUGCGUGUCUCUCUGCCUGUGUGUCUCUCUGCCUGUGUGUCUCUCUGCCUGUGUCAGUGAGUGCUGAGAAGUGUUUAUUGCACAGUCUUUGCCAUAGGAAACAUCUUGUACACUAUAUAUGCAAAACCAAAAUAAAGGUCUUCCGAGGGGCGCAGCGGUCUGUCACUUUUAUAGUCCCUGGUUCGAAUCCCGGCUGUAUCACGUCCGGUCGCGAUUGGGAGUCCCAUAGAGCUCAACGAUUGGCCCAGGUCCGGGUUCGGCCGGCGGUCGGCCGUCAUUUGUAAAUGAAUUUGAGUUUGUUCUUCACCGACUUGCCUGAAGUUAAAUAAAGAUUAAAAUAAAUAAAAAGAUUCACAACAAACCAAAA